AGAACAGCAUGUUCUCGCAAAGGGCCAGCAGCUGCCUUGGCCGGCAUGCCUCGUCUGCAGUGGGAGGAAGAAGAUGGUGAAGGUCAGCUGGGGCCAGCGUGGGCCGGCAGGGGCCAGCGAGUCUCAUCUCCAGCAAUUUUAAGAUGUCUGGUCUUCAACUCCCAGAAUUCUUAGAGCGGCUGAUCUGGGCAGCGGCGGCAACUACCGAGCAGAUACGCCAAGGCAGAGCCAGGCUGUGUAGAGCCAGAAGGCUCCUGGGAGAGAAGGUCUGAGACCUCCAAGCUCAGAUUCAGCCCCGCAGCUAUACUAUCUUCUCUACAAUCCAUGGCGUCGUCGUCAAGUCAACCCGGAAGCUGAGAACUGCGUAGGAGUUUGCUCCUUGCUUUGUCUUCGAUCUGGGAGCGCCUGAAGGAUCUGAGAUCACGUCUCGUUUCCUGUUUGGGGGACGGCGGUCUGCGCUUUCUUCUAUUCCCCAUGGCCGGUGCCCGGGCGCUGGGCGAAAGUGGCGGGGGUGGUGCAGCCGCCAUGGACUAUUCAGUACACGAGGCUUGGAAUGAGGCCACCAACAUUUACCUGCUGGCGGUGCUGGCCAGCUUGGCCCUCUUGGUGUACGCCCGCAGAAAUAAGAGGAAGAUUAUGAGGAUUUUUACAUUACCUCCAACUAUAGACAUACCAUCUGAACCAAACUUUUAUGACAGUGUGAAAAAAGUCCGUCUUCGGCAGCAAUUAGAGAUGUAUUCUAUCGCAAGGAAAUAUGACCACCAGCAGCAACCACAGAAACAGACUGAUAGUGUACAGCUUUUGGUGGAAUGAAGUCUUGAAUUUCUGAAGUCAAAUGCUGAGGAUGCCAGAGUAUUGAUGAUAGUCACUUUCAAUGCAACUUUAAUGGUAUAUAGUAUUUUUUAAAAUGUGCAGUGAUUACAUGAAGUAUGUCUUGAUGAUAGGCUUUAUAUUUAUGUAUUAUUGUAUAAUGAUUCUCUAAGAUCUGAAAAAUAAGGAAAUCUAUACUGGUCGUAUUUCCUAAUUUGUAUCCCAUAUUCAUUCCCAAUAAAAUUAUGAGCUCAAAGGAGCACUGAGAUGAUCACUGCAGUUUCUGCAGUUGUUUCAAGUCUGCAUUUCAAAAGGGACAUAGGCACAUGGCAUUUGAUGUGCCAUAAUGCUGCCAGUAAUUCAACUACUUCUCUAAAUGAACAGUGUCUCAUAUGGUAGGACUUUUAAUAAACACUGAGCCCUCAAUAAGGCAGAUUUACUAAAUUAUAAUGAGUAAUUGAAUAUAGAUAAAAAAUUGAAAAUUUAGGAAAAGAACUUCUGAUCUGAUACAAAUUAGAGUAAGGAACAAACAAUCCAUUCUACUAGUUUGAUGGGGACUUCAUGAAACAAGAAUACUUUUGCAUUUGCCUACUUGUUUUUCUUUUUUUCUGUCUUCUGAAUUCUGAAAUCAUAAUUUCUUUCAGAAAUCCUCAUCUGAUAAAUGACUAUAGUAGUCUGUAAUACUUUAUGAGGGGGACACAACUUGGCAUUUUAGACUUAAAGGUGUAAUGCCUAAAGAGGAUUAUAUAAGUUGGAGUACAGAUAACAGCACUAUUUUUAUCAGUGAAGACUAGACUUAUAAAACAUCCAUCAGUAAUGGAUAAUUAUCAAUUAUUUGUUGAUCUAUCAAAAACAUCAAGUAAAAUUGACAGUAGAUAUAUAAAAUGACUAGAUGCUUAAAUAUUUGAAGAAUAUUUGAAUUGGGCAUGUUUGAAAAGUUGAAGAUUUGAUUGUAUUUUGAGAUACAUCCUUAAAUAUGGACAGUAUUAUUCUUCCAAUAAUAGACAACAAAAAAGCAAAUUAAUGUUGGCUAUUGUUAAAUGGCCAGUUCUGAUACAUUUGUCAUACACCCAUAUAUAUCUCCUAAUAUGUGUUCUCAGUUUAAACUCUAUUAUGUCUCUGAAUACAGCAAGAGUUCCUGAAUUUUGCAACCGCUAAUUCUGAUUCUGAGAUUCUUUGGGUGCAGCACUAAAGUAAUUGUUCUAACUAAAGAGCUGUUGACCAUUGGACAACAGAAAGAGUACAGUAACAUAGCCUUUCAUACUGGUUUGAUCUGUACCAUGUAAUUAUUUCUAUGAGGAUUUUUUCUGAUAUCCUUUUGUAGUGCAGUCCAGAGGGUUUAAAUCUGAAGAUAAGCUUCAUACCUGAAAUAGUGUAACCAUAAAAGUUGCCUGUCAGACUACUAAGAAGUAAUGCUCACAUUUGUAGUUGCAAGAAUUAUCCCACACUUAUACUAAUGACUGUAAUGUGUUAACUUUUUGAGCAGUAUGAACAAUGCUCAUGCAGUAGAAAUAGAAGACAAAUGAGACAAACAAAUUUCUCAUAGUUGGCCUGAUAUGUAUAUCUUGGUAAGUUAUGUGUUUGUUUUUCUAGUAUAAGUGCAAACCAUACUGGAUUAAAUGUUGGCUUUGAGUUAUGUCAAAAUACAGCCUGUAUGUUGGAAGACAAGCUAAGUACAUCUUUUUAUGUUCUGUGUAUGGUAUAUUUGGAAAGUAGAAUCACUUUUCUUGUACUGUUAAAUCUAUUAAAUACCACAAUUAAUGUUAGCUGUAAGUGUGCUCUUGUAAAAUGUUUUGAUGGCCCCUGUGUAUAAAAUAUUUAUUUUUUACAAAAGUAAAAAAUAUUUA